CCGCAGUUCUUCCUGUGUUUUACAAAACUGUUGGGAAUUUCAGCUGCAAGGGACCAUGGAGGAGCUUCAGGGACACCCAGACAACUUGAUCGAGGACAAGCCCAGGAAGGUGAGGUUCAAGCUGGCCUCGUCGUACAGCGGCCGGGUGCUGAAGCACGUGUAUGAAGAUGGGCAGGAGCUGGACAGUCCAGAGGAACAGUACCCUCACAGCUUCAUCCACAACAAGAUGGAGAUGGGAAAUCUGUGUGGCUUAGAAGACAUGCAGGACCACAGUUUGUACCCUCAGACAGGUCUGAUCGCCCAGAGGAUAAACGUGUAUCGAGGAGUGACGGGAUGCAACUCCCUGGUGUGUGGAGAUCUUCCAGAAGGAGAUAAUAAAGCACCAGUAUUAGAUUUUGGAAAGAUUAUUAUCUACACCAGCAACCUGAAGAUUAUUCGGGCUCCUCACAGAAAAGGAGAAUCUGGAAGGAGUCCUCAUCGCAGCAGGGACAGGAAGGAAAGUUCACCAGGAAGAGAGUCCCGGAGCAAAGGGAGACACCGAACAGCUCGUUCCCGCGCAGAGCAACCAGACACGAUGACUGAACAAAAGCAGGAAGCAGGCUCCUGUGGACAGUGCGGAGGUUCAGGUUGCGCGCCGUGCUCUCUCUGUCACGGCAGCAAACUGUCCAUGCUGGCCAACCGCUUCAACGAGUCAAUCAGAGAGCUGCGCUGCCCAGCGUGCAACCCCCACGGCCUAGAGCGCUGCCAGUCCUGCACACACUAACACAUCUACUGCUGCCAAGCUGUGUCGGAUGGAGAUCAGAUCCUUUGAGGUGUGAACGAAAGUGCAUUUUGGAUUAGCGCUUAAAAAUGAGAGCUUGAGGGAGGAAUGUGCUGCUGGAAAGUACUGCGAUGAAAGUCAAUACAGAUUCACCAGACAACCGGUUAAGGCUGAUAUGAAAUCAGGAAGGAACUGGAAACUCAAAGAGAGGAGAGGAACGGCUGAGGGAUGGAGAGAGAGUUGUUCAGUGCUUUAUGGGAGAUUUUCAUUGCACGUGAUGAGACAUUUUUUGGAGUAUGAGCUAAUGAAGCUCUGCAGAA